CCUCUUUCUGCCGAAACACAAGAAUCAUUAAGAAAAUGGCAAACGAARAGUUCAGYACCAGGCGCAAGCUUCACUGGUCUGGGUCGUCUUCGACCGAGUGGUCGGCGUCCCCGCUGCCGCCUGGUUCGAAUAGCGGGCCACUCGUCGUGCAUGAAUGGGAUGUCAUAGAAGUUCUAGAGUCUCAAGACGCAUUUGAUGGUGGAUGUUCCUCAUCCUCCUAUAGAGACAAUCGGCACGAGUCAAAGAAGGAGCCAAGUGCUUGGCGGUGCAGAAGAAGAAAACGUUGGAAACGAAUCAUUGUUAUUUUCGUCACGUUUUUGUUUCUUUGGAUUGUUGCUUAUUUUUGCGCUAAGAAAUUCACUUUGGGCAAGUACGAAAAUACGAGGAGUAUCGAAAAAGAGGACAGCAGUUUGGAUUUGGAUUUGGACUUAGCUGGAAAAGCACAGCAAGAUCAGGGGAAGAUUGCAGUCAGCUGUGGCAAUAUGCCCAGUGAAAAGUCCGAAAACACAAGKAGUAAAGAAAAACAAAACAGUGAUUUGGAUUUAUAUUUGACUGGAAAAGUAGAGCAAGACCACGGGAAGACUGCAGUCAGCAGUGGCAAUAUGCCCAGUGUCUCUACCAAGGAAGAUCUAUCCACAAUGAAUACGGCGGGUGCGGCUUCAUAUGUUAGAGACCAAGUACCCUCCGCAACUAAUAUGACAACUAAAGCUCCAAACGUCAUUAUCGAACCCAAAGAAAUCGUUGUUCUAUAUCCAAAUGAAUUUAUAUCGGCCGGGCAAUUCCGAUAUUCUGCAAAUGGACGUUUCAAAGUUGGCUUGGCAAAAGAACAUGGUGAUUUAGUUUUGAUUGAAGUGAACUCUUCUGGUGAACACGUGAUCUGGUCGUCUGGUACGAGUUCUGGUUUAAAUCGAAAUUCAACUGGCGAAACCAAAUGCUUCAUGCAAGCAGACGGAAACUUGGUUCUCAGAGACAUUAACACGAUGAUGUCACUCUGGAUGACAAAAACACAGGGCAAUCUAGAAGCUCGUCUUGUUCUGGACGAUUCUGGUCGAAUAGCCGUGAGAUCAGAUGACAAUUACUCGACAAUUUUGUGGAUGGAUGGCAUACCUAGGCAUGAAUUCACGAGACCAUCUUCUGGAAAUAUGACUUUUCCUAUUCGUGGAGCUUUUUACUAUCCGUGAGUGCGAUACCUUCGCAACACUUCAUGGACGUCUACACAAAUUAUCAAAUGUAUUCAAAAAUACUCACUUCAUGUCUUGUCCAUUCCUGCAUUUAGCUGGUAUCCGUCAACUUGGCACAUUAAUGGUCAUCCAGCACACUAUGAUACUUCCUUGGGAAUGUACAGCUCAAGCGAUCCUACCGUAGCGAAUGCACAUGUCGCGGCAAUGGAUUUUGGUCGAAUCCAACUCUCAAUAGCUUCUUGGUGGGGUCCGAAUACAAAUCUAGAUAGGGCAAGAUUGACGUUGCUAAUGGACGAAUCGAUUGCUCAGGGUUCACCUCUCAAGUGGACCGUCUAUCACGAAGAUGAACGCGACGAAACUCCAUCUCCCGAAGAAAUCCACAAUGAUCUUGGUUAUUUAGAAAAAUGGUUUGCUUGGCAUAAAGCAUGGGCUCACAUCGAUGGCAAGCCGGUGAUUUUUGUAUACAACGAAGCUGGGUGUGAUGUUGUGAGUCGCUGGAUGCAAGCCAGUGAAGGAAAGUGGUUUGUUGUUUUGAAGCUAUUCUCUCGCUUCGAGAAUUGUCCCGAUCAGCCCGAUUCGUGGCACCAGUAUGGUGUUGGAGAAAAGGAUGGGACGGUUCACAACCCAGGGCACUCAUUUGUGAUUUCGCCCGGGUUUUGGAGGGCCGACACCGAUGUUCCGAUUUUGAAACGGGUAAAUCGUACCCAAUUUUGUCGACAGGCACAAACAAUGGUCCAAAGCAAAGAGCCUUGGCAAUUGAUUGUGAGUUUCAAUGAAGCUGGGGAGGGUACUCUAAUCGAACCAUCUCCAGACUGGGAGAGCGAUAGUGGCUAUGGCGAUUACUUGGAUUGUCUGCACGAUUCGUACGUAUAAAGUCACUACGAAAAGCAAAAAAGUUCGAGCCUCGAUAAAAUAUAAAAUGCUUGUAAACAC